AAUGUUAAAAGCUGAUAGGGAGUGCAGUACUGUUCAGUCCCGGCCGAUCCUCCAUCUGAACACAGGAUGAGUAUGAUGACCACAGCAACUCUUCUGUCUGCAGCUCUGCUGUUGCUGGUUCCUGGGAUUCUGACUAAAGAGUCUGUUGAAACAAGUCCCAUCCAGCUGAUGAUAGUCAACAGCAUCUCCAAUGCACCCAAUGUGACCCACACCACUGAGAUCGUCUUCAGGGGGAUCUUACUUGGUGCCAUGAGGAGACUACAGGAGACCAACACAGACUUCAAAUUUACCUACAGAGAAGAUCCCAACUACGGCCCCUUCCUGGUCAGUGUGAACGGGGUUGCCGGGGACGAUGCUGAGCACACUUACUGGGAGCUCCUUGUGAAGAAUAGUAAUGGGGUUAUAAUCAGACCUGAUGUGGGUAUCGGCUGUUACAUCCCAAAUCCAAAUGAUACCAUCAUCCUGAAAUUUACAAAAUGGUGAACCCUCAGAAAGCUUUCUUACUGCUACUGUUCAAUGAUUUGAAAAAGUGUCAAGCGGUUUAACAACAUGUAUCAUUGUGUAUCAUUAUUGGACAUGUAUCAACAUAUGUCAUUAAAGGAAAAUCAUAAAAUAAUGCUUGCAAUCUUUUUCAGUAAUGUAAUGUAAGUUAAGAUCAGUCUAGCCGUUUUAACAACAAAUAAAGACAUUAUUAUCCGAC